AUGAUACGAGAAAAAGGAUCGAGAGACUUCAACAAGCUGAGAGUCCGCACAGGAGAGACUUCAACGAGUGGAAGAAACUGCAACAAUGCUCGAGAGCUCUUGCUUCGGCCGGCCUAUCGAAACGCGAGUACGCCCAGCUAUUCCCGUAUACGUGCCUUCGCGGAUUUACAUACAGGAGACCUUCGAGAGGCUGCUUCUUUGCGAAGGGAGCCAGAUACCCAAGACAGCCAAAGGAAGCACCGGUUGUUAUAUGUCAUCUAUGUAGCGAGUUGUGUACCGUUAUGCUGCAUGCAGCAGCAGCAGAAGCAGCAGCAACAGCAGCAGUAGCAGUAGCAGGAGCGGU